AUGCAGCAAAAAUACCAAGGGUCCACAAGAGUCAAGCGUGCUCAACUACAAGCUCUGCGUCGUGAAUUCGAACUCUUAGGAAUGAAGGAGGGUGAGAAGGUGGACACCUAUUUGGGAAGAACGCUCAUUAUUGUUAAUAAGAUGAAAUCCAAUGGUGAAGAAUCUAAUGAUUUGAAUACCCUCAGCCUUGAUGAGCUUCAUGGUAGCCUACUAGUUCAUGAGCAAAGGAUGCAAGACAGUCAUUCAGAUGAACAGGUGUUAAAAGUCAUUCAAGAAGAGAGACCAGUAGUGGGUCGUGGUCGCGGCAGAGGUCGCGGACGUGGUAUGGGUCGUGGAAGAUAUGUGCAAAAUAAAGCACACAUUGAGUGCUUUUACUGUCAUAAGUUAGGGCACUGUCGGUAUGAAUGCCCUGAAUUGGAAAAGAAGGCUCAUUACGCAUCCUUUGAAGAAGGAGAGACAGAAGAAGAAAUUCUAUUGGUUGCAUAUGAGGAAACACAAAUUGUACAAAAGGAGGAUUGGUUUCUAGACUCAGGUUGCAGUAAUCACAUGACCGGGAAUAAGCUAUGGUUCACGAAAAUACAGGAAGAAGGACUUAAUAGAACGGUAAAGCUCGGCAAUGAUUCGACUCUAGCUGUCACUGCAAAAAGGGAGUGUUCGAAUUGA